AUGGAUAAUCCUCGUAGUAUGGAAGACGCUCAAAACGCUUUAGGAAUGAUGAUAUAUCAGAUAUUAAAUAAUCAAGUAAGAAAAACCUGUUUUGAAAAGUGUUUUGGUCAGAAAUUUUCUGAACAGAUGGGGAAGAAUGAACAAAUUUGCCUGGCUAAAUGCAUGGACAGAAUGUAUGAAGCACAUACUAUUGUAACUAAAGCGUCUACAGAAAUUGCACAGAAUUUAAAUAUUGAUACAAAUUUUUAA